AUGAAACACCUUCUCGCGUUGGCCACUUUGGCCUUGUCCGCAAAUGCCUAUUGGCUCAUGGGAGUUGAGGAUUUCAUUACGACGGAGCGCAUCGAUCCUAUUGUAAACCCUGGAAAGAUUUCUUCUCAUGUUCAUUCAGGUCAUUAUUUGCGAUUCAAGGUCGGACCAUUUCUGCCCAUACUGAUUCUCUCCGUAGUUCUAGGUGGAAGUAAUUUCAGGUUCAAUACGAAUACAACGUUCUUGCGCCAGAGCAAAUGCACAUCGAUCCCUAUUCCCCAAGACAAGUCCAAUUAUUGGUUCCCGCACCUUUAUUUCCAGUGGGCCAACAACAGUUUCACAAGCCUUGAUGGCGGAGCUGUCAUUUGUACGUAUUACCUGUUCAGCGACACUCCGGGCAAGACGACGCCUUUCCCAGACGAUUUCCGCAUGCUCAGCGGCACACCGACUCUGAGAACUUACGAUCCAACCAGCUUCGCACAACAGGCAGUCACUUUCUUAUGUCUCAACUUCAAUGGCCAGUCAACCAAGUGGAAUCAUCUCCCCACAACAAGCUGCCCUAGUGGUAUACGUGCGCAGAUUAACUUCCCUAGUUGCUGGGACGGCAAGAAUGUUGACUCCGCGGAUCACAAAUCGCACGUUGCAUUCCUGUCUGGCGGUCCGGAUAGCGGUACUUGCAGCGAUCCGAAAUUCCCUGUUACAUUGCCACGCAUUUUCAUUGAGGUCUACUGGGGUUCGCAAAACUUUGAUGCAAUCCGUUCGCAAGCUAAGAAUUCGACUCAGCCAUUUGUGUACUCCUCCGGUGAUCCUACGGGGUAUGGCUACCAUGCAGAUUUCAUUAAUGGCUGGGACGCGGGCGUCCUGAAGAAGGCUGUCGACGGCUGUCACUGCAAUCCCUAUGGCGACCCAACAUGUUGCGCAAAUGCUGGGAUUUUUACUCUGAAUCAGGGCCAGUCCUGCCGCAUCACCAAAGCCAUCGAUGAGCAAACAACUGGAACCCUGCUCAAACUCCCGGGAAACAAUCCUGUCCAACCGGAAGGCAAGACGGCUGCUGUCUACCCUGAUACAAAUCCCCCUGAGCUCAUUUCCCCCGUGUAUGCGUACACCGGGAAUGCCCCGACCGCAACGGGCCAAGUUGUCGAUGGUUCUGCAGCGACUGAUGCGAACAACGUUGCCAAGCCUCCUGUUCCGACACUUUCUACCAGCUCUGUACCAGUGUAUAGCUCUGCUUCAUCAGCCAGAGCUACGUCGAAGGCAACUCCUGUUGGUCAGCCAGUUGUAUCCCCAGUGGCAUCUGCCGCCUCCUCUCCAUACUCUAGCUCCUCCCCUGGUUCAAACCCUCCACACAAGGUCGACAUUGCUUCCCCUCCAUCCGACGCUUCAGGAGGUUCGACCUCAUCCGAAAAUAGCACGCCAGAGUACGACGAGUGUGAGGACAAGCCGAGUAGGAAACGUCCGAACUUCAAGGGAAAUAAGCAUCGUCGCGCUACCUUCCCCCAGGGUCGAAGUCACCUCAACUCCCGCUUUAUGAACAAUUAA